GUAUAAUUUGGCCUUCUGAGAUUCUGCCUUAGCAAGAAAGGAGCAGGAAAUACUCUUGGAAAGAAAACUAAAACAGUAAGAAAGCCAAAACUUAUUUUUACAUGGUUGUCAGCACAUUUACCGAUAUGGACACUUUUCCCAAUAAUUUUCCUCCUGGUGGAGACAGCGGAUUGACAGGUUCUCAGUCGGAGUUCCAGAAAAUGUUAAUUGAUGAAAGGUUACGAUGUGAGCAUCAUAAAGCUAAUUAUCAGACUCUGAAGGCUGAACACACAAGGUUGCAUAAUGAAUAUGUAAAGUUACAAAAUGAACUCAAGCACCUGUUUAAUGAAAAGCAAACUCAGCAGGAAAAACUUCAGCUGCUGCUUGAAGAACUAAGAGGAGAAUUAGUAGAGAAAACUAAAGACUUAGAAGAAAUGAAACUGCAGAUAUUAACUCCACAAAAAUUGGAAUUGCUAAGAGCCCAAAUACAACAAGAAUUAGAAACUCCAAUGAGAGAACGUUUUCGGAAUCUAGAUGAAGAGGUGGAAAAGUAUAGAGCUGCAUAUAAUAAGCUUCGCUAUGAACAUACAUUUCUCAAGUCAGAAUUUGAACACCAGAAGGAAGAGUAUGCACGUAUUUUAGACGAAGGAAAAAUAAAAUAUGAAUCAGAGAUUGCAAGACUGGAGGAAGAUAAAGAAGAACUACGUAACCAGCUGCUUAAUGUUGAUCUCACAAGAGACAGCAAACGAGUGGAACAACUUGCUCGAGAAAAAGUCUAUUUGUGUCAAAAAUUAAAAGGGUUAGAGGCUGAAGUAGCGGAAUUAAGGGCUGAAAAGGAGAAUUCUGACACUCAGGUGGAAAAUGCCCAAAGAAUACAGGUGCGGCAGUUGGCUGAGAUGCAGGCUACAGUCAGAUCCCUGGAGGCUGAAAAACAAUCAGCUAAUUUACGGGCAGAACGCUUGGAAAAAGAGCUACAAUCAAGCAGUGAACAAAAUACCUUUUUAAUUAAUAAAUUGCAUAAAGCUGAACGAGAAGUAAAUACAUUGUCCAGUAAAGUGAAAGAACUUAAACAUUCAAACAAACUGGAAAUAACAGACAUCAAACUGGAGACAGCAAGGGCUAAGAGUGAGCUAGAAAGAGAAAGGAAUAAGAUUCAAAGUGAACUGGAUGGAUUACAGUCAGACAAUGAAAUUCUCAAAGCAGCUGUUGAACACCACAAAGUGCUCUUAGUAGAAAAGGAUCGUGAAUUAAUACGUAAAGUACAAGCUGCCAAAGAAGAAGGUUAUCAAAAACUUGUGGUAUUACAAGAUGAAAAGUUAGAACUCGAGAACAGAUUAGCAGAUUUGGAGAAAAUGAAAGUAGAACAUGAUGUCUGGAGGCAAUCUGAAAAGGAUCAGUAUGAGGAGAAAUUGCGGGCUUCACAGAUGGCAGAAGAGAUCACCAGGAAGGAGCUUCAGAGUGUUAGGUUAAAACUGCAACAACAAAUUGUGACUAUUGAAAAUGCAGAGAAGGAAAAAAAUGAAAAUUCUGACCUAAAACAGCAAAUCAGUAGUUUGCAGAUCCAAGUGACCUCACUUGCACAGUCAGAGAAUGACUUGCUGAAUUCAAACCAAAUGCUGAAGGAAAUGGUGGAGAGAUUAAAACAAGAAUGCCGAAAUUUUAGAAGCCAAGCUGAAAAAGCGCAACUAGAAGCUGAAAAGACAUUGGAAGAGAAACAGAUACAGUGGUUGGAAGAAAAGCACAAGCUUCAUGAGCGUAUCACAGAGAGAGAAGAAAAGUGUAAUCAAGCUAAGGAGAAACUUCAGCGAGCUGCAAUUGCCCAGAAAAAGAGAAAAUCUCUCCAUGAAAACAAAUUGAAAAGACUACAAGAGAAAGUAGAAGUCUUGGAGGCAAAGAAAGAAGAAUUGGAAACAGAAAAUCAGGUGUUAAAUAGACAAAAUGUUCCUUUUGAAGACUAUACAAGGCUUCAAAAAAGACUAAAAGAUAUACAGAGAAGACAUAAUGAAUUUCGAAGUCUAAUUUUGGUCCCUAACAUGCCUCCAACGGCAUCUAUCAAUCCUGUUAGCUUUCAAUCAUCAGCCAUGGUUGCAAGCAUGGAACUACCAUUUCCUCCUCAUAUGCAGGAGGAACAACAUCAAAGGGAACUCUCCCUACUUCGCAAAAGACUAGAAGAACUGGAGACAACACAAAGAAAACAACUAGAGGAACUUGGAUCUUCUGGAGAAUGAUGUUCUUGGAGAACAGGCAGAUCAAAAGAGGUGAAGUUGGUGACUCAGUAAAACUUGAUGUUUUAACCUGUGGCAUUUAGAUACUUUUUACUGUUUGCCAAAACACUUGAAUGUGCCUCAAGAAAAGGUACCUACUACUACAUGCUGUAUUGUAUGACUGUCGGGAUUUUAGGAUUAUACAAGUGAAGCAUUACAAGAGAAAGUCUCAGAGAUAUUUAGAAUAUUUGACAAUGGUUUGAGAAUGAAAGGAACUAGAGUCAAGUUUUAAAAUGUUUACUUUGUUGAAAUUUUUUUUGGCAUUUUGAGUGAAAUAUAACUAUCAUUAAUUCCCUCUUCAUCCUUGGGAUACUUGGCAAUAACAGGGUCCGUACACAUUUUCUGGUUUACUAUAUAAAAAGAUGACAAUUUAAAAGUCAGCAUAAAGAAGGUAAAGGUAUCUAUAUUCAAAAGGCUACCUUUUCUAAAAGCUGUGUACACAUACAUAAUUUAUUAAAGAGCUUAAUAUUUUUUUAA